CAGAGGCCACCUCAUCACAAAAUCAGAAAGUCCCACUCAGGAACUCAUUGCAACACCAGCCCCCUCCUCCUCAACUACCCAGUCCCUUUAGGAAGUCUUACAAAGAUGCAGUGGAACUGAUUUUACAAUGAUGAGCUGAGCCUGUGUGACUUCCAGCAACAGUGUACUGACGUGCAUCAUCUGGUCGAGUGCACAGUGACCCACAACAUCGACACUAUACAGAUGCCAUGCUACUGAUUUUCUGGGGUAAGGUUUGCUCUGCACUACAACUAAAAUACUGGCACAAUGGGCUAAAACUGUUGGAAUCUGAUAAGGAAGUGAAAAUGGAAACCAUUAAGGGGAAGGUGAAUGACAGAUAGGGAAUGGGUUAAGUGUGUGGAUUUUAUGUGGAUAAACCAGGAAAGGGAGAGAACAAAAAUAGGUGGGGGGAAACUCAAUAAUCAUGGCACUGAAUUGUAGACUACCCAGGUGGAACGUGGGGCAUUGCUUCUCCAGUCUGCAUUGGCUGCCUCUUAUUGCUAAGGUAAGGUGCGAGGCUUCAGGAUGGACAGGUCAAUGAGGAGAUGGGAAAGGCAGUCGAAAUGGUCUGCAACAGGGAGCAUUGGAUGGCCACAGCGGACUGAGGGUUAGAUCCCUGUCAAUCUAUGGCGGAUGUAGAAGAAGCCACGUCGGGAGCACCGCAAACGGUGGACGAGGUGCAAGUGGAUUUGGGCUGAGCUGGAACACCGACUGAAGUCGGGGAGAGAGACGAAAAGGCGAUGGGGGUUGGUGACAGCUGCUGAAGCAAAUGGAGGAGGUGAAGGUUUUAACCUUUUCCCCACCACUUUACAAACAGCGAUACCAGAUGAUUGUUGAAUUAGUGGAGAAGUGUAAAGCUCAGAAGGUGGCAGAUUUGGGCUGUGCACAGUGCACACUGCUGUCCCGCUUAAAGUUCUGCAGUUGCAUUGAAGAUCUUAUUGGAGUGGACAUUGACUUGGAACUUCUGAAGGAAAACAUGUAUCGCCUCUCGCCCUUGCCCUAUGCUUACCUCCACCCCCAGCCCGCUCCACUGACAGUGAGACUGUACCAGGGGUCCAUUGCUGUGAAGGAUCCUCGCAUGCUGGAUUGUGACUUUGUCUCCUGCAUUGAAUUAAUUGAGCACUUGGACACAGCUGAUCUGGCAAAGCUUCCAGAAGUAUUGUUUGGUUAUAUGAACCCAGCAGUGGUGGUAGUAACAACUCCCAAUGCUGACUUCAACCCCUUGAUCCCAGGGAUGGGCCAAUUCAGACACCAUGACCACAAGUUUGAAUGGAGUAGAUCGGAAUUUCAGGCUUGGUGCCUGAACAUUGGCCAUAAAUAUGACUACUCUGUGGAGUUCACUGGUGUAGGUAAAGGUCCUGAGGGUAGUGAAAGUCUGGGAUUCUGCACUCAGAUAGCAAUCUUCCGGAGGGUACAUCUCAGGAGAACCAAAACUGAAAUGAAGGACUCUAAGUCACCGUACAACCUGGUUUAUGAAGUUGUUUACCCAAGUUUGAAUGAUCGGAAAAUCUUGCACAAUGCUGUCUUGAAUGAGGUGAUCUUCGCUGCAGAAUGUGUGAGACGGCGGUUGACUGACAGCGAAACAGACUGGCAGACUGAAUGGAGGAUGUGGGGAGCUGACAGUGGGGAAUGUGCACCGGAUGGGUUUGGCCAGGAGGUCAGCAUAAUUGGUGGCCAGCUUCACAUCCCCUUGCACGCCUUCUUCACCAACCCUAGAAUCCGGCAGCUCAGCGGCUCCCUCCAGCAGCUGCAGAGGAUACUGCAGGCAUCGGACCGAGUGAAACUCAGUCACACUGGUACCUCAGUCCUGUAUCCAGCUGGGGCUGAGAACAGUAACAACUGAUCAGAUCCUCAGGUUCUCUUCUCUGUUCCUCGGAGCUGAGUGACAUUCCUGCUAGCCUCCUACUCCCAGAUCGUAUCAUCACAGCUGGGACAGCCAGUCGACGUCCUCAUCAAGUCCACAUGCUCCAAAGGAAUCGCAAUCACCAGCAGAAAUCUCUGACUAGUUCUCCUACUCCCUGGACAAGAAGGGAAGACUUAUAUUUGUUUAAUGCUUUUUGUGUUGCUGAGAUGUACUGGAGGGUUUCACCAUCAGUGAAGCAGUGCUGUAGAUUAGGAAAAUAACAGGUGAUCUGCACACAUGGCAGGGCCCCCAUUAACCUGUUCUUCGUGACAAUGCUGGAUGAGGCUACAUAUUGGCCUGAACCUCAGUGGGAAGGUCCUACAUUCCUGGAUCUUUGGGAAUUGACACAGUUUCACAUUAACAUCUCAUCAUAUGUGCAAUUCCUCAGACAGCUGUAGUUCCAAGGGUACAACAUUAUAGAGUCGUACAGCUCAGAAACCAGACCUUCCAUCCACGUCUCCAUUCUGACUUCUCGUCUGCUCAGACAAAUCUCAUUUACUUACAUUUUACUAUGUAGAACUUGCCAAUGUUCUUAGAGAUUUCAUCAAUAAAGCAGGA